AUGACAACAUCAAGUCUUGUGUUCGCAUCCGUAUCCCUUAUUCUGUUGAUGUGGCCUGGUGCAGGGCACUGCCAAAUAGGCUACGUGCGGCACCUGUCGAAGCUGCGGAUUAGGGAACUUGAAAAAUUGGCAGUUCGUAUGCAGGGCUCUAUUAACAACGAAAAGUAUGCUUGUGAGAGCUAUUUCGACUACGUAUGUAGCCGCAAUCGACCCCUCUUUUCGAUAAUGGGAAACAUGCCCCAGGUGGACGAUCUUAUGCAGCUGCUGACCGAGCUACAGAAUGAUCCAGAGCAGUUCGAGGCAAAACAGAAGAUGCUGGACUUCUUUAUCUCCUGCAACUCACACCACGCGCUGGAUGACUGUUAUCGUGAGACCUUUGAGUAUUUCAAGCCACUUUUCGGGUAUAUAGUUACAAAAAACCUGCUCGAUGGAGGAUCCCACGAGCUGGAUGACUUUCUGGGCAUUUUGGACCGCUUCGUUGCCAGGCUUCAGAAGGACAGAGAGUCGAAUCCCAUUCUCAACAAGCUGGCCACGUACAAGCAGAAGUUCAAAACGCCGCGCAUCUACUUUCAUGCCAGAGACCUGAGUCGGGAGUACAAGACCCUGCGGAUCUACCGGGAGAGCUACGAGCAUAAUGUACACAAUCUGCUGCAACACAGAAAGUUGAACUCAACAUACGAGCUGGGGGUUCAGCGCACCAUGCUGGAUUGGAGCAUGUAUCUCUUCCAGAGCCGCAACAAGCCCAUGUCCUACUUCUACUCCACGUUUACGGUUCACUUGUACAUGAUGCUUUUUAAUAGUCGGGAGCGUCAGCGUGAUUUCACGCGGUUCCGAGAAGAUGUAGAGUGCUUAAGGCUGCCGCAAUUCGUUAAUGUUCUGGAUGAGGCCAGAAUGCUGGCUGUGAUUUACCUAAAGAGUUUCCGAGCCGCCUGGAUAGACUACAGCGCGUGGACCAAUUCGCCUCCAGUGAACAAUGGGAUCUACGAUCAAGAGAAUGGUGUCCUUCAAAAGUACCAUCUUGACAACAAGCGUAUAUUUUUUACUCUUUACGCUCAGAACUUUUGUGAGUUUGGCAAGGAUCUGGCCGAGAAUGUCUUCUAUCUGGGCCUUAAACAGAAUAAAGACUUUUUUGAUAUAUACUCCUGUGGUUUCCAAACGGAAAACCCUAUGACUUGUGUUUAAUAUAUCAAGUCCUUAUCUACCAUUCAUUUACUUUACGAGAUAUGAUAAGAGCAAUAAAAUUCCU